AUGUUGGCUCAAAAUCACAAGUUGUGUAUUUAUUUGAUAUAUUAUAGUUUACUUUUAUGGUAUGAAAUGUAGAUUUGAAUCUGUAAAUUAAAUCAUCAUAGAUAGCCAAAGAAGGUAAUAAAGUGAUACAACUCAUCAAAAGUUUGAAGAAGGUAGUAAAGCAUGAGUAACUAUCGGUAUCAUAUAAAGAUGACAUCUAUGAUUCCAAACGAAAUCGUCUCAAAAUAAAGUUUACAUUCUUGAUGAGGAAUUUUGUUUCGCUAAAUUAUUACAUCAUUCUCCCAACAUAUACAUUAGAAAGUAUAUAUUAUCUUAAUCAGAAGGCUAGAAAUAAAUAUUUAGAAAUAUAGUGUUUGUUAAUUUAAAAAGCAGCAGUAAAUUAAGUCUAUUAUAUCGCUCAAAGUAGAAAAGUUUAUCAUUUGUCUAGGAAAUAUCCAUUUUUAGGAGCAAGGCUUCAUUGGGAACCUGGUUUAACCCUAUAAUAACCAUUAAAAUACCAGAGUUAACUCAAAAUGCAAGACACUGUGAGCAAGUAAAAUCAUUUAUAUUUAAAUAACCAAUCAAUUACCACAAUAUUUAAAAUUUGAAUUAAUAGAACAUUAUCUAAUGGCCUUGCUAUUAUGUUCAGCUGCUGUAGAAAUUAAGUUAGGACUAUUUGUAUUACAGAGAUUCUGAGAACGCCUAACACAUCCAUCUAAACAGCCUUUACAAGUAUCGAAGAAAGCAAGGAUGCAAAUAGGUAAAGCAUAAAGCUUUGUAAAUAUAGCAGACACUAAAGUCAGAGGGAGACUUUAGGUAAUCUCAUGAAGAAAACCCAAAUUAUAAGUUGAUUUGGGAGUUGAGUAUUUUAUAAGUAGCACACAGUUCCAUUAUUUACAGAAUAUUCCUGGCAGAAUUAAAACAAAAUUUAUUAGGCGGUAUAUCAGCACAAGUGAUUGAAACUUUAACAGCUCUUAUUACAAGAUAAAUUUCGAGUAUGAUGAUGCUGUAGGGGAGCCAUUAUAUAAUCCUCAGUAAUUUGAACUUAGCUUUCAAGUUUCCUUGUAAUAUACUCUUCACCCAUUUGCAGGUGAUUAUAGUGCAUCAUUUAGCUACUGUGCUAGAAACUUUUCAGUUAAAGUUCUAACAGUUCCAAUAUCAAUCAAACCAGUCGUAUUAAAAAGGGUAUCAAAUUCCUGCUUUAUUACUAAUAGCUGAAUAAAAGAUCUUUAUAGAGGUGAAGCUGAACGAUAAGAUUACAAUCUCAAUUAUUAAAAUAACAGUUGUAGAAAACUACAAGUAGUAUAAUAUUCAUAAUAAUUAUUAUGAAGUUAAAUCCAAUGUAGCUAGGAUGCCAUUGAGAUUUCAAAAGGUUCUUGAUUUAAUAUUCAGAAGUUUGAAGGUUGAUACAGUAUAAGAAAUUCAGAUAGUUUAGAAUGUAGAAGUAAAAUAAGAGAAAGCACAGAUAGUUGAAGUCCAACAGUUCCUGAAAUCACAUUAGCAAGUCCAAAAGGAGAAAGACUUUCAGAGAAGUAAAUGA